CCACUCCCCGCCGCGCCCCAUAGCCACGAACUCUUGGUUCCGCGCUCCGGGCGGCCCCACAGCAGCCGGAGCAGGUGUUCCCGGGCCUCGUCUUCGCCCAGCGGCUCGCACGCGCGACACGCCCCGGGACCGGCCUUUUUUCCGGUGCCUCUUUAUCCUCUUUUCCCCACCUCUGGGUCUUGGUGGGUACUAGGACUCAGAACUGGUGCCGAAUGGCCGCGCCGCUGAAGAAAGCGCGCUGAUCCUGCAGAGCCGGGUUGCCAUGGCUGCUGUUGACAGCUUCUACCUCUUGUACAGGGAAAUCGCCAGGUCUUGCAAUUGCUAUAUGGAAGCCCUGGCGUUGGUGGGAGCCUGGUACACAGCCAGAAAGAGCAUCACCGUCAUCUGUGACUUCUACAGCCUGGUCAGGCUGCACUUCAUCCCUCGCCUGGGGAGCAGGCCCGACCUCAUCAGGCAGUAUGGAAGAUGGGCAGUCGUCAGUGGGGCCACAGAUGGCAUUGGAAAGGCCUAUGCUGAGGAGUUAGCGAGCCAUGGACUCAACAUCAUCUUGAUUAGUCAGGAAGAAGAGAAGCUGCAGGCUGUGGCCAAGCACAUAGCUGACACCUACAGGGUGGAGACAGUUGUCAUGGUGGCGGACUUCAGCAGAGGCCGGGAGAUUUAUGCUCCAAUCCGAGAAGCCCUGAGAGACAGAGACAUUGGCAUCCUGGUGAAUGAUGUGGGUGCAUUCUACCCCUACCCCCAGUAUUUCAGCCAGGUCCCCGAGGACACGCUCUGGGACAUUGUGAACGUGAACAUUGCGGCUGCGAGCUUGAUGGUCCACAUAGUGCUUCCGGGAAUGGUGGAGAGAAAGAAGGGUGCCAUCGUCACGGUGUCUUCUGGCUCCUGCUGCAAGCCCACCCCACAGCUGGCUGCCUUUUCUGCAUCCAAGGCCUAUCUGGACCACUUCAGCCGAGCCCUGCAGUAUGAGUACGCCUCUAAAGGGAUCUUCGUGCAGAGUCUGAUCCCCUUCCACGUGACCACCAGUGUGACUUCACCCAGCAGCUUCCUGCACAGAUGCCCAUGGCUGGCGCCUUCGCCGAAAGUAUAUGCACAGCAUGCCGUGUCCACCCUGGGCAUUUCAAAAAGGACCACAGGCUACUGGUCCCACUCUAUUCAGUUUCUGUUUGCACAGUAUAUGCCUGAGUGGCUCUGGGUGUGGGGCGCAAACCUUCUCAACCGCUCCUUACGGAAAGAGGCCUUAUCCUGCCAAGCUUGAACUGGGGAGCUCGGGAGAAGCUUGGCCAAGGCACCGUGACCUGCAGUAUUCUGGCAUUUGGAAGAACACGUUCACCUCACCUGUGUUUUGUCUCAUACUGAGUACAUAGUGUGUUGCCAUCCUUCACGAGGCCGACGACGUCUGUGAGAAAAAUCUCAGCAACCGCAGGAGUGUCCUAGGGCACAUAGCUACAAAGCCUGAGAAGAGAACAGAAUGCUUCCCCAACACUCACAAUGAGACUGGCCAACUCCUAUAACUUCUUGUGUUGGCUUUUGUGUGUGUGUGUGUGUGUUUUUUUUUUUUUUAAGGGGAAUCACCUGUUUCCUUUUAUAGGUGAUUAUAGUAUUGGCUUUCAGAUGUUCAUUCUUGCUGGGCAUGGCGGUUCAUGCCUUUAACCCCAGCACUUUAGAGGUAGAGACAUGUACAUCUCUGAGUUUGCCUGGGCUACAUAGUUCCAGCUAGCCAGGGACACGUAGGUAAAACCUAUCUCAAAAAAAAAAAAAAAUCAAUUUUUUUGAAUUAAUAAUGUUUGUCAGGAAGACAACAGAAAGUGUUAUUUCCUAACUGUGAACUGUGAGUGCAGGUGGUGGUAGCAGGAGACACGUGUCACACCGCACAGCUCAUGUGGGGCCUCUGUGUGUGCACACUGCCUUUCCCUAAGGGCGUUCUAGAACCGUGUGUAUGCUGUGUGUGUGAGCAAAAUUAUUGAUAGGACAUCAAGAGAAACUUUGUCAGGAUGUGGUAAUGGGAAGCCUUCCCAUAGUAAAGUCUGGGUUAUUCCUUCUCACAUGGUGAAAGCCUGCCGGCUCCGUGCCGUGGGCUUGCCAUGUCUGACGCUGCUUCCUUUGAGUGUUUUUUCUCUUCCAACACUAUAGGUGGGUUUGACUCCUAGAUUGGGAUACAUAACAGAUUGUCUUUGGAUUUCCAGAGUUGUGGCUUGAUAGUGAUUUCUCGGUACAUCCAUGUUGUAACUGUCCCCCUUCAGAGCUGGUUAUUGCUGUUUUCAUACAUUUUUCUAUGUAAUCCAGAUUUCAUCCCAGGAGCAUUGUUGAUAAAAUCAUCAAGUGUCUGUGGAAUAGUGAUUAAAAUAUGGGCAACUGUUGUGUGUGGUACGAGGUAGUUGUUGAAAUGAUGUUAGAAGCUCAUUUUUGGCCUGUGUAAUGAAUGUGUAAUGAAUUAUAGAGAAUGCUUUUAUUGUUGUGAAGGUACUUACACAAAUCCCACAGUAGGGGUAAGGGUUAAAACUUACUGUCUUUGAUCGAGUCUUAUAAAACCAACCACUUGUAAGGGUCUCAUUCUCAGCACCUGGAAAUCCGGAAGGCACGGUGGCUUGUGGAGAGUGUGAUACUUACCAUGUGGUGCUGAUGCUGGACCUAGGAAGUGAAUAUGGAUGGAAUGCUGGGACCUGUGUGGAAUUGCUCUAGUGCCAUUCCAUCACCUGUAGGCCCAAGUGCACUUUUAUGUUGAACAUGCACUUUGCUCACAACAUCACCUGUGGCAUUGUCAACUGUGACCCAGAUCUAGAAGAUCAGUGGUUAGAUUCUAAUGUUCUUCUUAUCCUCAGUUACGUCUUCAAAACGUGUAGAACUCCAUGCUUGGAGAUAGUGGCAGAAGAGCAUUGGUGGAGACUUCUGUCAUAUGGAUGAAAACUUUGGUGGAUAUGUGACAAGCAGCAGCAACUCCACCUGAAACAUCACUAAUCAUGGUCCCAUUGGUGGGAAGAAGGCAGGAGACUCGGGAGUUCAAGGCCAGCAUGGGCCACAUAGUGAAACCCUGGUUCAGGAGACAAAAAUAAGAGCAAAAACACUCUGUCAGUUCCGUGUAAGGUCCUGUGGUCUAGUAUUCAGACUUGUCAAUCAAGUAUGGAGUCCUUGCCACGUGAUGGAAGAGGUCAGCACUGUCAGUGUCCCUUAGCUAGAACUUGAUCAUUGUGCAGACUCAGUGGUCCAUGCUCUAGAAGACCGGAACCAGGCCUUCUUAGGCUCUCACGCUUAGCCCCUCUCUGCUGAGUUAGUCGGCUCAGUGUGGACAUGGUUUUUUACCAAGGAAGGAGGGUCUCUGAACCUUUGUAACUUAUCCUGUGAAUCAAAAUGUAACAAUAAAAGCAUCACUGUUUCCUUCA